GGCUGCUGGUCUCCAUCGGAGGACAUGAUGGUGUGAGUUUGGACUUUGUCAUACCGGGCAGAGAGGCUCGAUUGGCAAGGGAAUGGCGUCACCAAAGACACCACCCGUAUCUGACGACACACACACACCCCCGGCUAAGAUCGAUGGACAUCGGGAACGUUUGUGGCUAUUUGCCAUCGCAUCACCUCAUCCAGCCAAGCAUACGCAUCGCGCACUACAUUUGACAGCGGUCGAAAGAGCCACGAGUCCCUACUUGCGUGCUUACAUGGCGACAGUUCGCAGGUUGCAACUGCUGGAGGCCAUAGACAAAGGAAACAGUGUCCAACAGACGGCAGCUCUUUUGAUACAGUCGAAGAUGUGUGAUCGUCACACUCAAAUCGACAACCCGGGAAGGGCCAGGGGGCCAGACCCCCCGCCCCUUGUGGUGGGUCGGGCCCAUGCUCGAGUCCCGGAGCCAGCUCCCCCAUCUCAUUGUAUGCGAAGCACCGCUAGAAGAACUGCAAGAGACGCCUGCCAGUUUUUCCUCGAUCAAGAUGGAGCUUUUCACUCGUGUGCUGCGCAGGGGACAUCGAGGAAGAGAGCAUUCAUGCCCCUGAGUAUCUCACUGGAAGGUGACGGAAGCGUAUGCGUGUCGCUGGGACGAGUGUCCACAGCGCGACAAGGCUAACCCCUGGUCAAAGGGACCGACCCAAAGAACCGACAAUGAUUGGCUUUCAAACUCGGUAGGCGGCAC